UUCCGAAUCGAAAUCCUUAUAUUCGUUUCAGCUUUUACGUUCCACAGCAGCCCAGAGCGCCGCCAUGUCAGAGAAUGUUCCCCGGAGCAAACCCAAAGCCAGGAUCCGAAUCAAGAUUAUGACCACGAGUCUCUCACCAGUCCAUUACUAAAUGGCCAGCAUCGAUCCACUAAUUCCACCUCUCAGGUCGCCAUCGUAGGCGUCAAUCUCUGCCCCAUCGAAAGCCUCGACUACGAGAUUGCUGAGAAUGAUUUCUUCAAACAAGACUGGAGGACACGCGGAAAGAUCCAGAUUUUUCAAUAUAUUUUCAUGAAGUGGCUUCUCUGUUUCUUGAUUGGCGGUAUCGUCAGUCUCGUUGGUUUCUGUAAUAAUCUAGCCGUUGAGAACAUGGCCGGCGUUAAGUUCGUCAUCACAUCUAACAUGAUGUUAGCUGGAAGGUACGAGACGGCGUUUCUAGUGUUUUCUCUAUCCAAUUUGGGUUUAACUCUAUUUGCUGCCAUCAUUACGACGUUUAUUGCGCCAGCAGCGGCUGGCUCUGGUAUACCUGAAGUAAAGGCUUACUUGAAUGGCGUAGAUGCUCCGGGAAUAAUUUCAUUACGAACUUGUAUUGUUAAGAUUAUUGGAAGUAUUUCUGCAGUGUCAUCAUCUCUUCUGGUUGGAAAAGCAGGUCCUAUGGUGCAUACAGGUUCAUGCAUUGCAUCAUUAUUGGGACAGGGUGGGUCCAGAAGAUAUGGUUUAACAUGGAAGUGGCUUCGAUUCUUUAAGAACGAUAGAGACCGACGAGAUCUUGUAACAUGCGGAUCAGCAGCUGGAAUUGCUGCUGCUUUCCGCGCCCCAGUUGGAGGUGUGCUGUUUGCUCUUGAAGAAAUGGCAUCUUGGUGGACGAGUGGCCUCCUUUGGAGAGCUUUCUUUACGACUGCUGUGGUUGCAGUCAUACUACGAGCUCUAAUUGAUGUCUGUUUAAGUGGCAAGUGUGGGCUAUUUGGUAAAGGGGGUUUGAUAAUGUUUGAUGUGUAUUCAGCUAACAUUUCGUAUCACAUAGCCGAUGUUCCUCCGGUACUUCUUCUUGGAGUUGUUGGGGGCAUAUUGGGAAGUCUUUACAACUUCCUUUUAGAUAAGGUUCUCCGAGUUUACGCCAUCAUCAAUGAGAAAAGCAAUACUUACAAGAUCUUUAUUGCUUGUGCAAUUUCCAUUUUUACAUCUUGUUUGCUUUUUGGAUUACCAUGGCUCGCAUCUUGCCAACCAUGCCCAUUCGAUACAGCGGAAGCCUGUCCCACAAUAGGUCGAUCUGGUAACUACAAGAAAUUUCAAUGCCCUCCUGGUCACUACAAUGAUCUUGCAAGCCUCAUUUUCAACACAAAUGAUGAUGCUAUCAGAAAUCUUUUCAGCAGGAAUACUGACUCUGAGUUUCAGCAUUCAACAAUGCUCAUAUUCUUUGUCACCUGCUUCUUUCUAAGUAUUGUUAGCUCCGGGGUUGUUGCUCCAGCGGCUUUUGUACCAGUCAUAGUUACUGGAGCAUCUUAUGGGCGCUUCGUUGGAAUGUUACUUGGUUCUCACUCAAACCUUAAUCACGGUUUUUAUGCUGUGCUUGGGGCGGCCUCAUUUCUGGGUGGGUCUAUGAGGAUGACAGUCUUGUGUGUCAUAAUCUUGGAAUUGACCAAUAACCUCUUACUGUUACCAAUGAUCAUGAUUGUUCUUCUUGUUUCCAAAACUGUAGCUGAUGCUUUUAAUGGAAACAUUUAUGACCUUAUAAUGAAGGCAAAGGGUUUUCCUUACCUAAAAGCUCAUGCUGAACCUUAUAUGAGACAGCUCACAGUCGCUGAUGUUGUCUCUGGUCCGCUUCAGCUCUGUCACGGAAUUGAGAAGGUUGGAAAUGUAGUACACAUCCUCAAGACCACAAAUCAUCAUGGGUUUCCGGUUAUCGACGAACCUCCGCAUUCCGAAUCCCCAGUUUUGUAUGGUUUGAUCCUCCGUGCUCAUCUUAUUACACUGCUAAAGAAGAGAUCUUUCUUGCGCACCCCUGUGCGGAUAGGUGUUGAGGCCUUCAUGCAUUUCUCAGCAGAUGAGUUUGCAAAGAAGGGCUUAGGUAAGGUUGACAGGAUAGGAGACAUAAACUUAACCCAUGAAGAGAUGGAAAUGUUCUUGGACUUGCACCCUUUUACCAACGCCUCACCGUACACGGUUGUGGAGACAAUGUCACUUGCUAAGGCAAGCACACUUUUCCUUGAAAUGGGCUUGCGGCACCUUCUUGUCAUACCCAAAACGUCUAACGGAACACCAGUGGUGGGCAUACUAACAAGGCACGAUUUCAUGGCGGAACACGUACUAGGUUUGCACCCUUUAUUGGUAAAUAGUAAAUGGAAAAGAUUAAGGUUUCAUUUGCCUCUUAAAAUAUUUUAGGGGGUUCUUCAUCCAGCAGUCAUUUUUUAC